AUGACAUCAUCGUCGACAAUGUUAUUUGAGAAUACUAUGGACAGUUUACCGAAUUUAUCAACAAUUGAGAAUCCUAUAGUAGUUGAGUUAAAAGUAAAUAAUAAUAAUUUAGCCUUAAAACUACAGUCAGCGCAUAAAGAAAUUGAAAAUCUAAUAACAGAAAAUUUUAAACUUAAACGUGAGUUGGAAAAUUGUCAAAUGGUAAUUAAAACACUAAAACAAUUAAAUUCAACUCAAAAUAACGAAGCACGAUCUACAAACUCAACACCGAGAAGAAAGGGAACUAAACAAAAUAAACUUAAACCACUACAAGAUAUCCUGUCACCAUUGCUUAAUAAUAUAAAAUCUACAAAUCAAGAUUCUACGGCUGAUAGUAGUAUACUGACAGUUACUGGUGAUAUAUUAACUAAAGACAGUAAAACGGAUACUGCAACAGACACUUAUACAUACUCUGACAGUAACAUGCACAAAAAAGAAAACAGUAAUAUGCGGAUCACUAAAAGAAAUAAUAGUUUUAGCAACAAAUCUGAAAUAGCGUUAAAUGUUCAGCAGCAAGAUGUUGUAAAUAAAGUUAUUGACAAGGAUAACAUAUCUACUAACAUUACUAAUAAACGGUCAAUAUUGGUGGAUCGUAUAUCUGCAAAAAAGAAAAUCAUAAUUAUUGCUGAUCAGUAUGGGAAAAAUGUCAGACACUCAUUGGAAAAACUUCUGGGUCCGGAAUAUCAAGUUUACUGCUUUCUGCCUGGUGCCGAGUCAAGCGAAGUGUUAAAUGUUUGGAAACAUGAAAUAUCUUCAUUAACAUUAAAUGAUUGUGUGGUUGUACUUACAGGAUCUAAUGAUCGUAAUCCUUUUAAAUUAAAAUGUAACUUGAUGAGUUAG